GGUAUUUUGGCCCGAUUUCCCUCUCCCGACCUCCAUACACAAAACAGCGACCACCCACGGAUUCUUGGAGUCGGGCACCCAUUCCCCAUAAAUUUGGGUGUGUGUGGAGUCGUUUGAGGUCGUCGUCAGUGAAACUAUGGCAAGCCUCCAGCGAGUAUGCGGGCUGCUUUUCCUGACAAUGCCUGACUUCCUCGACAUGCUUACUCGCGAGUAGAAUAGUAUCUUGUGUCAUCUCUUGGGAACGGGUUUCAAGUCAAAAGCGGAGAGUGGCCGAAAAGUGGAGCUGGAAGGUGGGAUGCACUCUAGUUCUUCAUUGCAUAAAGAAGAGUAGGCGAAGACAACAAAACAUUACUAUUAUCUUACUAUGCACGCAAAAACCCUUGGAUGCGGACCAUACUUACUACCUUAGGCCGAACAUUCAGGGUGUGCAUCGGGAGACUUCUCAAUCAUCGAAUAAGCACAAGAACUCUUGGGGUGCUCUUUGUUCUUUCUUUCGAUUUAGGAGUUUUCGUUUAUUGGUCUCAUUUUUCUAUGUUGACGCGCAUUGCACCAAUCUUUUUGCAAGUCUUCUUGCAAGCUAGCAUCUCUCCCUCGCGACCAAGAGCGGAUGGAUCAUUGCCUUCCCUUUCAAGAAUACAUGUGGGGAAGUUUAUGGGCGAAUUCAUAUUAUUCAGAGCACCACUUCCUAGCAUGCACUCCACAUUG